AUGUAUAGUGCAUUGUUUAUUCUACUGGCUAUGAUACAAAGCGUUUCUUGCGGAUUCCACCAUUGCAAUCCUAAUAAGUACAACACACAACAAUUUCACCUAUGUCGACGAUUUCUGGAUCCGAGAUUAAUUCCACGUUAUUUUUUCUGGCCUGAGAGAGUCCCUGAACGUGGUGCUAUUACGAUGGUGGAGCACUAUAAAAAGAAAAAGGAGCGAUUACUGCAAAAGAAUUCUUCGACAUCAAGUGAUAAUUCAACUUCUGCGUACUCGGAAGGGAAGCUUAGUCCACAAAAAGGACAUUCGUCAGCAAGGCUUUCUGUUACAAAAAAGGACAAGGUGGUCAAUGAAGAGAAUAAGGCGAAUCCCCAUUACAAGUCCUCUUCCUCUGCUGAGUUGAAGUCGUCGAACUUGGGCGAAUAA